UGUAGCCUGCUCAGCCAGAUGACUACAUGAGCUGUAGGGAUGUAGAGUUUUACAUCGAGAAUUGUUCGCAGUAACAUAUAUAGCGAGCAUUGCUGCGUACUUUUGUCACACAUGCCAUCUAAGUAUGUCUUCUAACAAGACAGCCACGUGCUACUACAACGAGCAGCAUGUCCAAGUAAGUUGGGACAACGUAAGGGAUGAUUUCGAUGAAUUUAUGCUUUCUUUUGACGAGUACAAACUGUCGGGGACGUUCUACAUGUGGUUUUUACCCGCAUUAGUUCUACUCGGAACAAUUGGUAACUUUUUGUCACUCCUGGUGGUGAGCAAAGACAAAUUUAUUCGGCAACAUUCGGCAUCUGUGUAUAUAGCUGUGAUGGCUGUAAUGGACACCCUCGUGCUAUAUGUCAGUGCGUUCCGGCUCUGGGUCGGGAAAAUCACGGGGGAGGACUUAAAGAUGAAGAGUGAUUUAUUGUGCUCAAUUAUUGGUGGAUUUUUGUACCAUUUCACGAGACAUUUUGCUGUCUGGUGCGUUGUUGCAAUCACCAUGGAGCGUCUGUUACUGGUUAUAUUUCCAACAAAGUGUUCUGCCAAAAACGGCAAGAAGCGUGCCAUAAUUACGAUAGCAGUUUUAGGCGUGUGUUUGGCGAUAUUUGACUCAUCUACACUUUUCACAUACACAAUAGUUGAAGAAUGUUUCAAGUUUAACUCCGAUUCUGACAAACUACAGCUUCAUUAUCGUUGUUUCACUGACGAGGCGCGGAAAAUUUGGCCCUGGAUGGACAUGGUCGCCUAUGCAUUCUUACCAUUGUCACUCUUGGUUCCAAUGAACAUUGUCUUAGUGGUCAACCUAGCACAGUUGGACAAAAGACGACAGCAAAACUUUUCGUCCUCUCUCACCAGGCAAACUUCAAGAAACAGUCUGAAUACGGACAGCGGGGAACAAAGAGAACGCCAGAAGCGCCGCGAUGCGCGUGGAUAUUUCACCAUGAUUCCAAUCAUAGUCAGCAUUGCAUAUAUACUGCUAGUCUUCCCAAUGACGGUCAUAGAGGUAGUGUAUGCAGAUAUCACAAACGUGGACAAGCAUUCCGUGGCGAAGAUUAGACUGGCGCGGAGCAUUUGCUUCAUGCUUAUGUACACAAAUCACUCAAUUAAUUUCAUUUUGUACGUUGCAACAGGACGUACGUUCCGUUUGAAAUUGAUUGAUAUCUUCGGAUUUAAUUGUAGAAAAGUUACGGUGAGUCAACUUUCGUCAGACGAAAUGGGAACGUUCCGAGAGUCUCCGCCAAAAAAUCAUAAUUCGGGCAUGGUUCCUUAAUUCAGAUUAUAUAAAAUUUCAAUACAGUGCUCAUGGGAUAAUACUGACAUUGAAGACGCACGUUUGGCAAGCUAGUCAUAUAUCCUGAGAUCAUCUUAAUUAAUCACUGUUCUCAUUGAAAAAUUUUCUCAUUGAAAAAGUUCCAAUAUGUCAUGUAGGACUGUUACCAUGAGAUGAAAUUCACAAGCACGAAUGAAAAGUACAAAUUAUUAACAAAUGGCCAAUUUUCAAAAUUAUCGUACAAUUUACGUCUUGUUGGUGUCAUUUUUUUAAAGGUCGAUAUCGAGCAGUGGCACUAAUCUUAACCUUUGGGGACAUCCGUUUAUCAUAAUAAAUUUGCAU